AUGCAUAGCGAGAAUAUCCUCUUCUUCCAACAGGCUAAUGGCCUCGGUAUCAGUAUGCUCGAGCCGUUCAUCACCGGGUUUCAGUAUUCUCGACCGCAAGAUGCAGUUUCCCUGUCCCGUGGACCUUUCGAAGACACCGCACUGAACCAGUACUACCACCCUGAUGCCCACUUAGGAUUUUCCAAAUUGCGGGAUAUCUAUAGCCUCGGUGUCAUAUUGUGUGAAAUUGGACGGUGGGCUCUUGUAGCGGAUACAGUGACGGAGCGGAGGAAGAAAAAACUGACGAGCCGCAAAGCAUGGCAGGAGUAUAUGAUUAACCACGUCGUGGAAGAUUUAGGUUGGAGGAUGGGCUACCUAUACCAAAGUGCGGUGAGGACUCUUCUCGAUUCCAGCCUCCCAGCCGAUGAUGCUGGAGAUGCAGUCUUUGCCCAGCAAUUCUUGGAGAGAGUAAUCCAGCCGUUAAGUCUCUGCAAUGCGUGA